AUACCUCAACCUUUUACAUCUACCUACCGAAUCCAUAUAUCUCCUAGAUCAAAAAGGAACCGGUAGCAUACCAACAAUCAACAUGGCCACCAAAGCAAUGUCAGACCUCUCCCUCAACCCCCCUAAACCCAAGUCCAAGUCCAAGAAAGCAGCAGCCCCCGUCGCCGACUCCUGGGAAGACGAAGACGUCUCCGACCCAGAACCAGAACUAGAGGCAGAAGAGUCCACAUUAUCCCCGCCCCUAGAAAAAACCAGCAGCAAAGUCAGCGAGUCCGGGUUCGCGGCGCCCCCGCCGACGCCCGCCUCGCCGUCCUACAGCGGGACCGGGGUGCCUCCCUGGCAGUCCACAUCUAUCUCUAGCCCCAACCCCAACUCCGUCUCCGCCUCCGCCGUAUCCCCCCAAUCCAGCUUCUCGCCCCCUGCCUCGCCGGCCUCGGGAGCGGGUAGCGGAAGCGACGCGGGGCUGGGGCCGGGGCCGGGAGAGCGGCGGAGGCCGGAGAAGACGGACGCGGUGGCGCGGCGCAUGAUCGCGAGCGCGCUGGGGGUCAGGGCGCCGCGGCCGACGGAGGAGCAGCGGGCGUAUGAUCGUGCGGUUAGGGAGAAGGAGAGGAAGAGGCGCGAGGAGGAGCGCGAGGCGGAGAGAAGGAGGAAGGAGGAGGAGGAUAGGGCUAAGGCGGCGAUUUGGGAUGAUUGAUUUACCUGCCCCUAUGUUGGGUAGGUACCACC